UGAAGAUGUAAUGUAUAUGAUGGGUAAGAACCUCCAGUACAUACACAUAUCAAAGGAAAGGUUGUGUCUUGGUGCAGGCAACUAACCAUCAGAAAGGAAGCUUCUUUAGACAACUGACCAUCAGAAAGGAAGCUGCCUCAGGCAACUUGACCACCUGAAGCACACCUAGAUAGGUGCUAGCUUCUCUGUGGCUUAUAGUAGCAACCAUCGAGAAAGCUUGCACACAAUCCAAAUUCUAAAGGCUCCCAGUAUGGCGGAUAGUAAAGGACAGAGAUGACACCGUUGGAUCGCUACUGCGAUGUGGAGUGCAAGAGUUGGUCACUAAAGAAUACGGCGUGGAACUGCCACAGCCUCAGGAUCAGGAGAUACGAUCCCUUAUAUCCAGGGGUGUCAGAGAGUAACAAGCCUAAGCUGCACAAGCUUGAAGAAGCUUUUGGAGGGCAGUACAAGACAUAGCACAAGAUAUUAUUUGUUAAGGUGCUUGUAUAUAAAGCCUGGGGCGAGGUUGAUUUUAAGCCAAGGCAUGCAGUACUGCAACUGGAUAAGAGGCAAACAGUGCCUGUCUCAAAGGAUCAAGAACUUGGAGGUAGAUAAUAUCUCAGAGGGCCUGGAAGAAUCAAUGUGUUCAUCCAAAGGCAUGGAAAUGCAGGUGGGCAUCCAAGAUGGCCUGAGCAUAGAGGAAGAGUACGUCAACACGCUGCGCACACGGUCCAACAUGCGCUUCUUAUUGAACAAGCAGGAAUAUGAAGAAGAAAUGGAAGACCUUCUUCAGCCGCAGAAAGAUCUUAUCCUUCCAAUGCUUCAUAAAAUGAUGCAGGAAAUAAAAUCUACUGAACUUGGGCUUGCAAUGACUGGUUACUUUGAUGCCAGCACUGAAGCCUCAGAGAUCUGCAGGCAGCUACUGAGGAACAUCAAGAACACUCAAAGCAACUACCAAUCAAUGGACAACUUCCUUGCAAGCAUUUUAGGCUGUACUACUGCCACUAGUAGUACUCCCCUUGCACUCGAAACAUUCCCUGUUAGAAGCAAUCCUUUCAGCACGACGACAAGAAGCAAAUUCAGACAGAUUCAUGACAAAUACUCCUCCAUACUCCAGACCAUCAAAUCAAGCCACAAGAAAGUGGCAAAGAAACUCAAGAUAAUGAAAGUAAUCAAGAGGCUCUCGAGGGCUUGCCUUAUCAUAGCAUGUGGUGCAGUUGCCAUUGGCAUUACAGCACACCUGCUGUUCUUUAGCCUUCUGGUUGGAUCUGCAGUCAUGGGGCUCUGCCCUUUUGUGCUCAAGAGGAGGAUCACAAGGCUAAAACGUUCCAAGACGAAGUCUUUGCGGCAGUUGCAGGAGCAACUCGAUACCGUCGCAAAGGGCACUUACGUUCUUGGUAGGGACUUCGACACAGUGAGCGACCUUGUGGUGCGGCUCUCUGACGGUAUCGAGCGCGAGAAUACAAUGGCGAUGUAUUGCAUGGAGAUGGUAGAUGAAAAGUUUCCAGUGCAGGAGAUGGUGAUGGAGCUGAGAAGGAGUUGUUCUACCUCUAAGCGACUGGCUGGCGAGCUAGAAGAGCAUGUGGGCCUGUGCCUUGCUACAAUCUAUAGGGCUAGAGAUUUGGUGAUCGAAGAGAUGUCCAAGCAAGCAUGAAUGGAAUUAUCAGCUUAUUUAUCGUGUGAACAGGAUGUUCAUGUUUAGGAGACUAGGAGUACUUGAUAGAUGUUUAUAUUGUAUAUAGGUUUUUUCUUUAUAUAGACUUAUUGAAUUGGGUUAGUGGGAUUUCGAGAAAAA